AUGGCGCCCAGGAUGGAUGACGUCAUGCGUCUGUGCUGCGAUAUCUCAGCUCAAGAGCAAAUCAAGGUGGCGGUCAGAGGCGCGGGCAGGGGAGCCCUGAUGGCGGGGGGCAGCGCCUUCGUCGGAGGCCUGCUGGGCGGACCGCCUGGCAUCGCUGUCGGGGGCGUCGUAGGAAGCCUGCUGGCGGGCUGGAUGGCCGGCGGUCAGUUCCGUCCUCUUCCUCAGAUCCUGGCCGAGCUCCCGCCGGCGCAGCGGCAGAAACUGUACGAGGACGUGUCCGCCGUCCUGUCGGGUCUGGACUGGACCGACGCGGCCCAGCUGCUCGCCUUAGUGAUGGGCAACGCCACACUGCAGCAGCAGGUGGUGGCCGCCUUGCUCAACUACGUCACCAAGGAGCUCCGAGCCGAGGUGCGCUACAAUGACUGA